CCUCUCUUCCUUAAACCAUAACGCUACCUCUAAAACCCUAGCCACCCCCAAAAAAAAAAAAAAAACAAUGGAUGCCAAUGCAGUGAAAUCCGACCUCGUUUUGAUCCUAGACUUCGGAUCCCAAUACACCCACCUCAUCACGCGCAGAAUCCGAUCCCUCUCCAUCUUCUCCCUCUGCAUUUCCGGCACUUCCCCGCUCGAAGCCAUCACCUCUCUCAACCCACGCGUCGUCAUCCUCUCCGGCGGACCCCACUCCGUCCACACCUCCGAUUCCCCUUCGUUUCCGUCUGGGUUCCCCGAAUGGGCGGAGGCCAACGGCGUCGUGGUUUUGGGGAUUUGUUAUGGGCUGCAGCUCAUUGUUCAGAGGCUCGGCGGCGAGGUCAGGGCCGGAGAGAAGCAGGAGUAUGGGAGGAUGGAGAUUGGGGUGGAGAAGAGCGCCGCGCUUUACGGGUCGAAGCGGGUUGGGGAUAGGCAGCUUGUGUGGAUGAGCCAUGGGGAUGAGGUGGCUAGGUUGCCUGAUGGGUUCGAAGUCGUUGCGCGGAGCCAGCAGGGUGCGGUGGCUGCGGUUGAGAACCGGGUUAAGAGGUUUUAUGGCCUUCAGUACCAUCCGGAGGUGACACAUUCACCCGAAGGAAUGGAGACACUGCGGUACUUUCUGUUUGAGGUUUGUGGAAUCAAUGCUGGAUGGAAGAUGGAAAAUGUUAUGGAUGAAGAAAUAAAAGUGAUCAAAGGUACAGUGGGGCCUGAAGAUCAUGUAAUAUGUGCCUUAUCAGGUGGUGUGGAUUCCACCGUUGCUGCUACUCUUGUCCAUAAGGCAAUUGGAGAUAGGCUUCAUUGUAUUUUUGUUGACAAUGGUUUAUUGAGGUAUAAGGAGAGAGAACGUGUGAUGGAAACAUUUGAAAGUGAUCUUCAUUUACCAGUUACUUGUGUUGAUGCGACGGAUCAAUUUCUUAGCAAGCUGAAAGGUGUGGUAGAUCCUGAGACAAAAAGGAAAAUUAUUGGGAAGGAAUUUAUUUCCAUAUUUGAUGACUUUGCCCAAGAGUUGGAGCAAAAACUAGGAAAAAGGCCGUCUUACUUGGUCCAGGGGACUUUGUAUCCGGAUGUAAUUGAAUCUUGCCCACCACCUGGGUCUGGAAGAACCCACUCCCAUACAAUCAAGAGCCACCAUAAUGUUGGAGGUCUUCCUAAGGACAUGAAAUUGAAGCUCAUUGAACCACUUAAACUUCUAUUUAAGGAUGAGGUCCGCCAACUAGGAAGGAUUUUGAAUGUUCCUGAGCCAUUUUUAAAGCGCCAUCCAUUCCCUGGGCCUGGCCUUGCAGUACGAGUGUUAGGUGAUGUAACUCAAGGCAAUGCCUUAGAUAUCCUCCGCCAGGUCGAUGAGAUUUUCAUUCAAUCAAUCAAGGAUGCUGGGCUUUAUGAUUCAAUAUGGCAAGCUUUUGCUGUCUUUUUGCCAGUAAGAUCAGUUGGAGUUCAAGGUGAUCAAAGAACACAUUCUCAUGUUGUAGCUCUGAGAGCUGUUACCAGUCAAGAUGGAAUGACAGCGGAUUGGUACUAUUUUGAGCACAAGUUCCUUGAUGAUGUGUCGCGAAAGAUCUGCAACAGUGUUCGGGGGGUAAACAGAGUUGUUCAAGACAUUACAUCAAAGCCUCCAUCAACAAUUGAGUGGGAAUGAUGCCAUGUCAAAUGCUUACGGCUUAAUGAGAAGUGAGUUAUAAUCCCCAUGUUUGUACAUGGAUCUAGGUGUUGACCAUUUAGAAAGGCUUAAUUAUUUCCUCCAAAAUUAUUAAGGUUGGCUGGAAGGGAUCUGUCAAGCUGGAUUUACGGUGCAAGUGAUUUGGUCUGAGGUCUGUGCUCAUAGAAAAUAUUACCUGGUAAUGGACAACAUAAAUAUUUUUGUGGAACUUAAUGAUUAUAAGUUAUGGUUCUACAUUUUGGCAGUCA